GGCCGAACCCCGGAAGCGGCGCGGGCGCUGCCGCUAUGGGGCUGUUCGGGAAGACCCCCGAGAAGCCGCCCAAGGAGCUGGUCAAUGAAUGGUCCUUGAAGAUAAGGAAAGAAAUGAGAGUGAUUGAUAGACAGAUCAGAGAUAUCCAGAGGGAAGAGGAGAAAGUGAAGCGGUCAAUAAAGGAUGCUGCCAAAAAGGGUCAGAAAGAUGCGUGUGUGAUCCUGGCCAAGGAACUGAUCCGCUCCCGAAAGGCUGUAAGCAAACUCUAUGCAUCCAAAGCUCACAUGAACUCUGUUCUCAUGGGGAUGAAGAACCAGCUUGCGGUGCUGAGAGUAGCAGGUUCGUUGCAGAAGAGCACAGAAGUCAUGAAAGCUAUGCAAAACCUAGUCAAAAUCCCUGAAAUCCAAGCGACGAUGAGGGAAUUAUCCAAAGAGAUGAUGAAGGCUGGUAUUAUAGAGGAGAUGCUGGAGGACACCUUUGAAAGCCUGGAGGAUCAGGAGGAAAUGGAGGAGGAAGCAGAGAUGGAAAUCGACAAAAUCCUGUUUGAAAUCACAGCUGGGGCCUUGGGUAAAGCACCCAGUAAAGUCACGGAUGCUCUUCCAGAGCCCGAGCCCAUGGGCGCGACGGCUGCUGUGGAUGAGGAAGAAGACAUCGAGGCCAUGCAGUCGCGGUUGGCCACCCUCCGCAGCUAAGGGGGGACCAGCGUGUACAGGUGGCUUCUGGGCCAUUGUCCUGCCUUCACAACACAAAACUUAAUACGUGAGAGUACUUUAUGUAAUAUAUAUAUUGUUAUUUUUUCUUCCUGGGGGUUGUGUUCUCUAAGAACCUACUGUAACGUGCCUCUGACUGGGGGGGGGUGAACUGCAGCAGGCACCCUUUGUGCAUCAGCCCAUCUUCCCUGGGAGAGGCUGUGGUGAAAUGGCAGCAAUGGUGUAACCUGAUGGGGUUGUAGAUAGAAAGUCCUGAAAUCCAUCUUCAGCUUCAAGAAGCAUCUUGUCCCAAAAGGCACUUUGGCUUCGUCUGCUACCGAAAGCCUUCAGCAGUGUAAGAGUGUGUUCUUCCUGAAUCACUACACAUUUUAUUAAAGCUGCUUUUAACAGUCA